AUGGCUCUUUUUGAUGUAACUGCUGCAGAAGAACAUGAUCGUCUUCGUUCACUUUAUUAUCCUGGAACAAAUAUUAUUCUUAUAUGUUUUAGUGUUGAUAAUCCAGCAUCACUUGUGAAUGUUACUAAAAAAUGGAUAUCAGAAGUUCGAGUUCAUUGUGAUCAAUGUCCAGUGAUAUUAGUUGCAUGUAAGAUAGAUUUGAGAACUGAUUCACAAAAAAUUGCUGAACUUAAAACACAAGGUGAAACACUAGUAACAAAUGAAAUAGGGAGACGAAUAGCAAGAAAAAUCAAAGCUGAUGCUUAUAUGGAAUGUUCAACUAAAACUCGUCAAGGUGUACAAGAUUUAUUAAAUCAAGCUGCUCGUUUAUCAAUAAAAAAACGUUCUCGUCGUAGUGUAAAAUGUCAAUGUAUUUUACAAUGA